CCGCAUACUUGCUCGUCAGAGGGACGCGUGGAGCCAAGUAGGGCUCUCACACACACGCCUUCACCUCCUCCGCUCCUCCAGCCGAGACGAAGUGAGCGAGGAAGAAGUCACUCCUCGGCCAGAGGAGCAGAAAUACCCCAGUCCUGAGGAUCGCUGGACAGAAGAAGGGAGGAAGGAAGAAAGAAGAAGAGAAAGAACAAAAAGAGAACGCCUCCGUCGUGUGGGAUCGCUGCGUCCAUGUGGCUGAGUAAGUGAACUUGGGUGCUGUCUGUCAGCCUGCUGUCAGAUAUGUCCAAGGAGGAUGCGGGAGACGGUGGAGACGCGGGGCCGAGCAAGGCGGACCCCCGGCAUGCCCAGAGCCAGGACAUUUUCCUGGUCCAAAUCGCAGGCCGUUCCAUGGAUAUGUUCACAGCUGGAGACUUCAAAGGGAAGUUCAGAAAAAUCCAGCCCAAGAAAAGGCCCACAAUCAUCAGAGAAGGCACGCCAGCAUCCCCCAUAGGAAAGCCCUCUGUUCCAACAGCGAGCAUCAGCCAGGGCGAGAGGAAAGGUCCGGUCGCCAUGAUGCCUGUCGUCGUGGAUCCCGAGAGCAAACCGGGCGAGUUCGUCCUGAAGAGCCUCUUUGCCAACUUCACCACACUGUCUGAACGCAAGAUCCGCAUCAUCAUGGCAGAGCCACUGGAAAAGCUGCUCACCAAAUCUCUACAGAGAGGAGAAGACCAUCAGUUUGAUCAGCUGAUCAGCACCAUGAGUUCCCUGGCUGAAUAUUGCCUGCCUUCUAUCCUGCGUACCCUCUUUGACUGGUACAAGCGUCAGAAUGGCCUGGAGGACGAGUCUCACGAGUAUCGGCCCCGGGCCAACACCAAGUCCAAAAAUGAUGAACAGCAGAAGGACUAUCUCAUGGAAAGGAGGGAUUUAGCCAUUGACUUCAUAUUUUCUCUGGUACUCAUUGAAGUUUUGAAGCAGAUCCCUCUCCACCCUCUUCUGGAUGGCCUUAUUCAGGAAGUCAUUAAUCUGGCUUUUAAGCACUUCAGAUAUAAAGAAGGGUACCUGGGGCCCAACACAGCCAACAUGCAUAUAGUAGCUGACCUUUAUGCUGAGGUGGUUGGUGUGGUGGCACAAUCCAGGUUUCCUGCGGUGAGGAAGAAGUUCAUCUCGGAGCUGAAGGAGCUCAGGCAGAAGGAGCAGAGCCCUCAUGUGGUCAAGAGUAUCAUCAGUCUCAUCAUGGGCGUCAAGUUCUUCCGCAUUAAGAUGUACCCGGUGGAAGACUUCGAGGCCUCCUUCCAGUUCAUGCAGGAAUGUGCCCAAUACUUCCUAGAAGUGAAAGAUAAAGAUAUUAAGCACUCUCUGGCCGGCCUCUUCGUGGAGAUUCUGGUCCCAGUGGCAGCUACUGUGAAGAAUGAGGUGAAUGUGCCGUGUCUGAGGAACUUCGUGGAGAGCCUGUACGACACCACCCUGGACCUGUCUUCCAGGAAGAAGCAUUCCCUGGCCUUGUAUCCAUUGGUAACUUGUUUGCUGUGCGUCAGUCAGAAGCAGGUCUUCCUCAACAGGUGGCACGUCUUCCUCAAUAACUGCCUGUCCAAUCUCAAGAACAAGGACCACAAAAUGGCCCGCGUGGCGCUGGAGUCGCUCUACAGGCUGCUGUGGGUCUACAUGAUCCGCAUAAAGUGUGAGAGCAACACAGCCACACAGAGCCGCCUCACCUCCAUCAUUUCCACGCUGUUCCCUAAAGGCUCUAGAAGUGUAGUUCCAAGGGACAUGCCUCUCAACAUCUUUGUCAAGAUCAUCCAGUUUAUAGCACAGGAAAGACUGGAUUUUGCUAUGAAGGAAAUCAUCAGUGACUUACUCAGUGUUGGCAAAUCGGCAAAAGCCUUCAGUCUUAAUCCAGAGAGAAUGAACAUAGCGCUGAGGGCGUUCCUGGUCAUCGCGGAUAACCUGCAGCAGAAGGACGGUGAGCCACCCAUGCCCAACACAGGAGCCACGCUGCCAUCAGGGAACACCCUGAAGAAGAAGAAGACCUACCUGAGCAAGACGCUGACCGAGGAGGAGGCCAAGCUCAUCGGUAUGGCCCUGUACUACUCCCAGGUGAGGAAGGCCAUCGACAACAUCCUCAGACACCUGGAUAAGGAGGUGGGCCGCUGCAUGAUGCUCACCAACGUGCAGAUGCUGAACAAAGAACCGGAGGACAUGAUCACUGGUGAGAGGAAACCAAAGAUCGACCUGUUCAGAACGUGUGUGGCUGCCAUUCCCCGCAUCCUGCCUGACGGCAUGUCCAAGCCUGAGCUCAUCGACCUGCUGGCCAGGCUGACAGUCCACAUGGAUAUCGAGCUCCGCCUGAUUGCCCAGAAUUCCCUGCAGAGCUUGCUGCUGGACUUUCCUGACUGGCGGGAGGAUGUUCUGUUUGGCUACACCAACUUCCUGCUGCGGGAGGUGCAGGACACCCAGCAGGUGCUGCAGGACACAUCAGUGAAGCUCCUGCUGCAGCUGCUUGCCCAGUGGAGGCUGGCCCUGCAAACCCCGGGCAAGCGCACGGCCGAGGGCGGUGGGGGCUCCAGGCUGCCGGUGGAGCGUAGCCCCCACUCCACGGUGCUGCACGCCGUGGAGGGUCUGGCCCUGCUACUGCUCUGCUCCUGCCAGACCAGCACACGCAAGCUGGCCGUGGCCGUGCUCCGAGAGAUCCGCUGUCUCUUUGCCGCCAUCGGCCAGGCCGAGGAUGACGAUAAGCCCAUGAUUGAGGUGAUGGAUCAGCUCAGCCACGUGGUCCUGGACAGCUUUGUUCACGUGGCUGUGUCUGACUCAUCCACUCUGCCUCUCAGCCACCACGUGGACCUGCAGUGGCUGGUGGAGUGGAACGCGCGACUGGUCAACAGCCACUAUGACGUGAAGAGCCCAUCACAUGUCUGGAUCUUCGCCCAGUCGGUGAAGGACCCCUGGGUCCUGUGUCUGUACAGCUUCCUCCGGCAGGAGCACCUCCCCAAACACUGCCCCACGGCCCUCAGCUACGCCUGGCCGUAUGCCUUCACGCGCCUGCAGCUCCUCAUGCCCCUGGUGGAUCCUAACAGUCCAGUGUAUGCCAAGAAGACCAGUACAGCAGGACCGGCAGACAGCUACGUCACCCUGUGGAGAAACUACCUGAUUCUGUGCCUGGGUGUAGCCAAGCCAAGCAUCAUGAGUCCAGGCCAUCUGAGGGCCUCUACCCCAGAGAUCAUGGCUACCACACCUGAUGGUAGCAUCACUUAUGACAACAAAGUGAUUGGAACUCCCUCUGUUGCCUGGCUCUUGAAGCAGCUGGUUCCUCUGAUGAGACUCGAGAGCAUGGAGAUCACUGAGUCUCUGGUUCUGGGUUUCGGCCGUACCAACGCGCUCGUCUUCAGGGAGCUGGUGGAGGAGCUUCAUCCCCUUAUGAAGGAAGCCUUGGAGCGUAGACCAGAGAAUAAGAAACGUCGUGAAAGGAGGGAUCUUCUGAGGCUGCAGCUGCUCCGUAUCUUUGAGCUGCUGGCUGACUCAGGAGUCAUCAGUGACAGCACUAACGGAGCAUUAGAGAGAGACUCUCUUGCUCUGGGAGCGCUCUUUCUGGAGUACGUGGAUCUGACACGCAUGCUCCUGGAGGCUGAGAAUGACAAAGAGCUGGAGAUCCUGAAAGACAUCCGAGCCCAUUUCAGUGGCAUGGUGGCCAACCUCAUCCAGUGUGUCCCAGUGCACCACAGGCGAUUCCUCUUUCCUCAGCAGAGCCUGCGACACCAUCUCUUCAUCCUGUUCAGCCAGUGGGCAGGGCCUUUCAGCGUCAUGUUCACACCCCUGGACCGCUACAGUGACCGCAACCACCAGAUCACACGCUACCAGUACUGCGCUUUAAAGGCGAUGUCCGCAGUGUUAUGCUGUGGGCCUGUCUUUGACAACGUGGGCCUCUCUGCUGAUGGCUACCUCUACAAGUGGCUGAACAAUAUCCUGGGCUGUCAUGAUUUGCGAGUGCACCGGCUGGGCUGUGAGGUCGUAAUCCUACUGCUGGAGCUCAACCCGGACCAGGUGAACCUGUUCAAUUGGGCGGUGGAUCGCUGCUUCACCGGCUCCUACCAGCUGGCAUCGGGCUGCUUCAAGGCCAUCGCCGCCGUGUGCGGGAGCAGAAACUAUCCAUGUGACCUUGUGACGCUGCUGAACCUGGUGCUCUUUAAGUCCUCUGAUACCAGCAGGGAGAUCUAUGAGAUCUCCAUGCAGCUCAUGCAGAUCCUCGAGGCAAAGCUGUUGGUCUAUUCUAAGAGGAUCGUCGGCCAGAAGUCAGGCAGCAUCCUGUACGGCACCCACGGCCCGCUGCCCCCGCUCUACAGUGUGUCUGUCACCCAGCUCUCCAGUCAGCUGGCCGGCAUGUACCCCGAGCUCACCCUGCCUCUCUUCUCAGAGGUCAGCCAGAGGUUCCCCACCACCCACCCCAACGGCAGACAGAUCAUGCUCACCUACCUGCUGCCGUGGCUCAGCAACAUCGAGUUGGCGGACACGGGGCUGCUGCCGCCAGCCUCCAGCCCGUGCACGCCCGAGGAGGAAGCCCGAGAUCAGGGCAACGGCAUGGGCCUGAGCCACCGCCUCAAGGGCAGUGGCUGGGGCUCCCUACAGGCCACCUCCCUGGUGCUCAACAACCUCAUGUUCAUGACCGCCAAGUACGGGGACGAGCUUCCAGGCCCGGAGAUGGAGAACGCGUGGAACGCUCUGGUGACCAAUGACAAAUGGAGCAAUAAUCUGAGAAUCACGUUGCAGUUCCUCAUCAGUCUGUGUGGGGUUAGCAGUGACACCACGCUGCUGCCUUACAUUAAGAAGGUGGUGGUCUACCUGUGUCGGAACAACACCAUCCAGACCAUGGAGGAGCUGCUGUUUGAGCUGCAGCAGACUGAUCCAGUCAACCCGGUCGUGCUACACUGUGACAACCCUCCCUUCUACCGCUUCACUGCCAGCAGCAAGAUCUCCGCUGUGGCUUCAGGUACAACUUCUAGCAGCAAUACUGUAGUGGCAGGCCAGGAGAACUUCCAGGAGACAGACGAGGCCAAGAUAGCCCGAGAGAAUGAAGAGAGGUUAAGUAACGCUGUACGGGCCCAUAAUCGGUUGGAGUCACGUUACAGUAACAGCUCUGGGGGCUCCUAUGAUGAAGAGAAAAAUGAUCCUCUCCCUCCGUACGCCGGCUGGCUGCUCAGCGUGCUGGAGACUAACCGUCCGCGGCCGUUACCCAUGCCUGUCAACGGGGGAUGCUGGGCCCCACUGGUGGACUACCUCCCCGAGACCAUAACCCCCCGAGGGCCUCUCCACAGGUGUAAUAUCGCAGUGAUCUUCAUGACUGAGAUGGUGGUGGACCACAGCGUGAGAGAGGACUGGGCUCUGCACCUGCCACUCCUGCUGCAUGCCCUCUACCUCGGUCUGGACCACUACCGUCCGGAGGUGUUCGAGCACAGCAAACGCCUUCUCCUACACCUGCUCAUCGCCCUCUCCUGCAACAACAACUUCCAGGUCAUUGCCUCUGUGCUGCUGCUCACCCGAGAGAUGAGUGACAGCAAGACCCUCACCACCAAGCCCAGCUGCCAGCUCGAGAGCCUGCACACAGGUGGGCAGGACUUCCUGCGGGAGUGGCAGGCUUCCCCUGUGGCUGACUCGGGCCUUAGCUCCUCCUCCACCUCCUCCAGUGUAAGCCUCGGUGGCAGCGUGGGGAAUAUCCCUCAGAUCACCACCGACCUGGAGGACCUGGACGAGUCGUCCACCGAGUCCGAGGAGAAGACCAACAAACUGAUCGAGUUCCUCACUACGAGGGCCUUCGGACCCCUGUGGUCCCACGAGGACAUCACUCCGAAGAACCCCAACUCCAAGAGCGCAGAGCAGCUCGCCAACUUCCUGCGCCAUGUGGUGUCUGUGUUCAAAGAGUCCAAGUCAGACUUCCACCUUGAGCAGCAGCUGAGCGACGUGGCCCUGCAGACGGCUCUGUGCAGCUCGUCCCGCCACUACGCUGGCCGUUCCUUCCAGAUCUUCAGAGCCCUCAGGCAGCCGCUCUCGGCGCACGCGGUUUCGGACCUGCUCUCGCGUCUGGUGGAGGUGGUGGGAGAGCACGGUGAUGAGGUGCAGGGUUAUGUGAUGGAGGUGCUGCUCACUCUGGAGUCAGUGGUGGAUAAUUUGGCAGAAUGCCUCAAAAACAGUGACCUGAUGGCAGCACUAACUAGAGCCUCGUCACCGGACUUCCUGGUAAGCGGCAAGCUGAACUCCAACCGCAAGAGCACGGGCCAGCUCAACGUGCAGCAGGAGGGCGGCACGGCUGAGCGCAGCCGGCACCAGCGCAGCUACUCCGUCCCCAAGAAGUUCGGCGAGAGCGGCGAGCCGUCGUCCUCGGACCCUCCGCGCAGCGCCACCCUGGACCGCAUUCAGGCUUGUACGCAGCCGGGUCUGUCGCGCUCCGCCCGGAGCGCCUCCUCCUCGUCCUCUGCCCGCGCUGACACCAGCGCCGCCGCCGACCCCUCGCAUGCCAGCCACCCAGCCAACCUGCUGGCCACCAUCUUCUGGGUGGCAGUGUCACUCAUGGAGUCCGACUUCGAGUUCGAGUACCAGAUGUCGCUGCGUCUGGUGCACAAGCUGCUGGCGCGCGUGCCCCUCGAGCUGCCCGAAAACCGCGAGCGGCUGGAGAAGCUCCAGGCGCAGCUGAGGUGGAGCGGCUUUGCGGGCCUCCAGCAGCUCCUGCUCAAGGGCUUCACCUCACCCACUACCAGCGACCUCACCCUGCAGCUCUUCUGCCAACUCACGCCCGUGUCCCGUGUCUCCGUGGUGGACACGUCUCAGUCUAUAGGCUUCCCGCUUAAUGUUCUGUGUCUGCUCCCACACCUGGUCCAACACUUUGACUCUCCGACACAGUUCUGCAAAGAAAGCGCCGAGAGGAUAGCACAGGUGUGUCUGGAGGAGAAGGAGAAGAAUAUGAAGCUCUCUCACUUGGCUCACGUGAUGACCCUGUACAAAACACGCUCCUACACCAGAGACCCCUUCUCCUGGGUCAGCGUGGUGUGCCGCUACCUGCACGAGGCCUUCUCCGACAUCACACUCAGCAUGGUCACCUACAUGGCUGAGUUACUGGAUAAGGGUUUACCCAGCAUGCAACAGCCCCUUCUCCAGAUCAUCUACAGCCUGCUGAGUCACAUGGACCUGGCAGGCAUUUCAGUCAAGCCUUUCAACAUGGAGGUGCUUAAAACUAUUGAGAAGUUUGUACAGACCGUCCACUGGAAGGAGGCCCUGAACGUGCUAAAGCUGGUGGUGUCCCGCUCUGCCAGCCUCUCCCUGCCGUCCUACGCCCACGACGAUCUGGCCAACCUGGAGGUCAGCCGCAUGAUGUGGGACGGCUCAUCUAAAGCACUGCCCGGCAAAACGCUGGAGUUCCAUUUUGACAUCUCUGAGACGCCGGUGAUUGGCCGCAGGUAUGAUGAGCUACAGGGCUCUGUGGGUAGAGACGGGAAGAGCAGAGCCAUUGCCGUAACACGCAGCACCUCCUCGACCUCCUCCGGCUCCAGCUCCAGCCCCGUCCUGGUGCCCGUCAGCUGGAAGAGGCCACAGUCAUCACAAAAGCGAACACGGGAGAAGCUGGUGAACGUGCUGUCCCUGUGCGGCCAGGAAGUGGGCCUGAGCAAGAACCCCUCUGUGAUUUUCUCGUCCUGUGGCGACCUGGAGCUGAUGGAACGCCAGCCCAGCCAGGUGUCGUCGGAGGACGGCACACGUGAAGACACGCUGGACGACACCGCCUCUGAGCAGCAGUUCCGUGUCUUCAGGGACUUCGACUUCCUGGACGUGGAACUGGAGGACGGAGAGGAACUGCAGGGUGAGAGCAUGGACAACUUCAACUGGGGCGUGCGGCGGCGCUCACUGGACAGCACAGACCUGACGGAGCUCCUGGAGGAGAGCCAGCACUCGGACAGCAUGCCCGGCCUCGGCCCGCUCCACCCUCAGCAGGACUCCGACGACUCGUCUGAGGAGGAGUCCAACUCCACCAGCCAGAGCCUGUCCCACUCGCAACUCACCAUGAACCUGUCUCCCUCUGAGGACACCAAUCACACCAACUCUCUGUCCACCUCCUGCGACACCGCGUCCGCUGAGCCAACCUCGCUGAAUGCCACCACGCCCUGCAUGGCUGCAUCCCUGCCGGACGACACCGUUAUUCCGCCCCCGCUCCCGGGGGACGAGGAUGGUUACAUACGGGAGGAUGACCUCGCGUUCCGCGUGAGCAAGCUGCCUCCAGGCUUUGAGUGUGGUUCCGCCUUCACCCUGGAGCACAUGGCUGGGUCAGAACGACUGGCAGGGGACCUGGACCCAAACUCCCUACCUGGUUACAGUUUUGGCGAGGACAGGGAUGAUCUGGACGAGCUAGGCUUCCCUCCUCCUCCCUCACCCUUCUUCGCUGCCAUCUUGGCCGCUUUCCAGCCCACGGCAUGUGACGACGCGGAGGGGGCAUGGCGCGCGCACGUCAGCCAGCUGGUGUGCGACUCGGACGGCUCGUGCGCAGUCUACACCUUCCACGUCUUUUACUCGCUGUUCCAGAACAUCCAGAACAAGUUCUGCUCCCUGACCAGUGAUGCGGCUGGUUACCUGGGCGACAGCCUGAGGGGGAUCGGGUCGAAGUUUGUGAGGUCGUCCCACAUGCUGCAGAUGUGCUCAGACUGCCCCACACUGUUUGUGGAUGCCGAUACGAUCAUCUCCUAUGGGCUGUUGGAGAAGAUGAAGUUCAGUGUGCUGGAGCUGCAGGAGUAUUUGGACACGUACAACAGCAGAGAGGAGGCAGCCGUCUCUUGGCUGCAGAACUGCAAGGCCACGUUCCCCAGGUGCGCCGACGACGGGGUGAUCACCUGUCAGCCAGGAGACACAGAGGAGAAGCAAAUGGAAACGCUGGCUCAGCUGGAGCUGUGUCAGAGGCUGUAUAAACUGCACUUCCAGCUACUUCUGCUUUUUCAGUGCUACUGCAAACUGGUUGGAAAGGUCAGCACCAUCAGCUCUGUGCCAGAGCUGCUGAACAUGUCUCGUGAGCUAGAUGAGCUGAAGGUCAAUCUACGGUUGGCAGUAACAGCGGUGCGCGGCGGCCAGGACCCCAAGCAGUGGUCUGCCACCCAGCCCGGCUUCCCCACCUCAGAGGCAGCUGUGCAGGCCAUCCUCGAGUGCUUGAGGAGCAGUCAGCUCACCACAGCCAUCCGACACAUCCGCCAGUGCAGACAGCUAUGGCCAAACGACAUAUUUGGUGGGAAUUCAGAGGACGAGGUCCAGACACUGCUGAACAUCUACUUUCGCCAUCAGUCGCUGGGCCAGACAGGCACGUACGCCCUGGUGGGCUCCAGCCAGGACCAGUCACAGAUAUGCGCCAAGCUGAUGGAGCUCAACGGGGAGAUGCGCGACAUGAUCCGCCGCGCCCAGGGUUACCGGGUCAUCUCGUCCAGCCUCCUGGACUCCAGCAUGUCCGCCGUGAGUCUCUGACAAGAGGCCUGCAGCCCCCCAGACCAGCCAUGGCCUGGACCCCCCGACCACUGGAUCCCCCCCUAGACACCCAGCCCCACACAUCCCCCCCACCUCCCCCUGCUCCAGACCAUAUCCAGUGCACUGUCUGGGAGUGCUGCAGCCCUGUUGAGGCUCUGACCCACAAACUUGCACCCUACUUAGGGAAACUUGGACAAGCAUCGUUGACUGUAUUGAAUAGGAAGGGGCUCUUGAGAGUAAAUGUGUCUUCAGGUUCUCAGAUGUGCAGCAAUACUGGAGAAACAGAACUGCUACUGUGCGACACUUCAGAUUAAUUCACUGUCAUUUGGUUUUUUUUUUGUUUUUUUUAUAUUAUAUAUAAUUGCACUAUAUUACAUUUUCUAAAUCAAACAUCAUGAAGGAAGAGGAAGUCCUGUUUGCUACUGAGAAAAUGCUGCUUUCUUUUUGGAAAGAAAAGGCCAAAGCUGGUAGGAACUUCUACUAAAGGUGUCCACUCUGUAUACUGUCCACUGGGAAACGUGCAAUGAAAGAUCAUUGAACUGGAUGCCUUUCUACUGUACUGCUCAAGAAUGUUUUGAAUGAACUUUGCCUACUAAGACACUACAGAGGUUAAUGCUUGUAACUGUUUUUUGGUUGAACAGCUAAAAGCUUGUGUGUUUUGAGGCCUUUUCUCACUGGUACAGUACUCAACACUGAAUGGAAAACAUAUCCGCUUGUGCCCUUGCACGUACACAUACGCUGACAUUUAGCGACCAUACUGUAACAGCAAAAUUAAUAGCCUGAGCUGGUAAUAUCAAUGUACUCUGGUGUUGGUUAAUGUCAGUGAGACCAUCAGGCCCUUCACUUUUGAGACGUUUUGCUUUUUACCGUAUACCGACACCUCUAGGUGACUUGUAUUGUCAAGAUGCACAAAUAUGCAUAGAACAUAGUUUUUGAGAAUUUGUGAUGUGUUGUUCAAAACUGCCAAGCAUGUAUUUUUACAAUUAGUACUAUUUAUUAAUGAAAACUUUGACAAAUGUACUUGUGUGACAUAAUAAAGGGAGAUUCUCAUGUAGGUCAAUGUGCGUUCAGAGAUGUGUGCAUGCCAGGAGAGAUUAGCUUGCACAUUCUCCUUAGGGAAAAGUCUUAGCCUACACUAUGUAAAUACUUAUGGCUUUUGUGAAGUAAACCGUGUGGUGCACCGUCAAGCAUCAUGUCAAAAAUAAAGCCUAAUCAAAACCA